CUUCUAUCUGCCUGCACCACUAAAACGACGACGUAUUAUCCUUCUCUUCUAUCUCCUUGCUCCUGUAAAACCCCUCCUAUGAGCGGGAACCAUAAAUCCAAUCCAAGGGUUUAAUUAACAGUCGAAACCAGAAGCAAAAAUGGGAACAUCAGUGCAAAUAACGCCACUGUGUGGAGUAUACAACGAGAAUCCAUUAGCUUACUUAGUCUCAAUCGACAGCUUCAAUUUCUUAAUCGACUGUGGCUGGAACGAUCACUUCGAUCCGUCGCUUCUCCAACCUCUCUCUCGAGUAGCUUCAACGAUAGAUGCAGUGUUAUUAUCGCAUUCCGAUACGCUUCACCUAGGUGCAUUGCCUUAUGCUAUGAAACACCUUGGACUGUCUGCUCCGGUUUUUUCUACUGAGCCGGUUUAUCGAUUAGGUCUUUUAACUAUGUAUGAUCAGUAUCUCUCUCGUAAGGCGGUUUCGGAGUUUGAUUUGUUUAGUUUGGAUGAUAUUGAUUCUGCUUUUGGCAAUAUUACUCGACUCACUUACUCUCAGAAUCAUCAUCUUUCCGGGAAAGGAGAGGGGAUUGUGAUAUCUCCCCAUGUGGCUGGGCAUCUACUUGGAGGUACUAUAUGGAGGAUAACAAAGGAUGGUGAAGAUGUCGUAUAUGCUGUGGAUUUCAAUCAUCGGAAAGAAAGGCAUUUAAAUGGAACUGUUUUGGAGUCUUUUGUGCGGCCUGCUGUUCUCAUUACUGAUGCAUACACUGCUUUGAGUAAUCAACCACCUAGACAGCAAAGAGACAGGGAAAUUUUAGAGAAGACUAUUUUAAAGACAUUGGAAUCUGGUGGAAAUGUUUUACUGCCUGUUGAUACUGCUGGGAGAGUGCUGGAGCUUCUCUUAAUACUGGAACAGUUUUGGGCACAACGCUUUUUGAACUAUCCCAUAUUUUUUCUCACAUAUGUUUCAUCAAGCACCAUUGAUUAUGUCAAGAGUUUCUUGGAAUGGAUGAGUGAAUCAAUAGCAAAGUCCUUUGAAACAUCUCGUGACAAUGCUUUUCUUUUGAAGCACGUGACACUUCUAAUCAACAAGAGCGAACUUGAUAAUGUUCCGCCUGGUCCAAAGGUUGUUCUAGCAUCCAUGGCCAGUUUGGAAGCAGGUUUUUCGCAUGAUAUAUUUGUUGAAUGGGCUGCAGAUGUCAAGAACCUUGUGCUUUUCACAGAAAGAGGUCAAUUUGGGACACUAGCUCGCAUGCUUCAGGCUGACCCCCCUCCAAAAGCUGUUAAAGUUACCAUGUCAAGAAGGGUACCUUUGGUUGGGGAUGAGCUAAUUGCAUAUGAAGAGGAGCAAAAAAGACUAAAAAAGGAAGAAGAACUGAAAGCUAGUAUGAUCAAAGAGGAGGAAGCAAAAAUAUCUCAUGGGCCUGAUACCAUUUUGAGUGAUCCAAUGGUCAUUGAUGCUAGCAACAGUAAUGUUUCUCUAAAUGUGGGAUCUCAUAGGACAGGAUACCGGGAUGUAUUAAUUGAUGGAUUUGUUUCUCCAUCGGCUAGUGUAGCACCGAUGUUUCCAUUCUAUAAAAAUACCACCGAGUGGGAUGAUUUCGGUGAAGUCAUUAAUCCUGAUGAUUAUGUCAUUAAAGAUAAUGACAUGGACCAAUCAGCUAUGCACAUUGGAGGAGACAUUGAUGGAAAGUUUGAUGAAGGAUCUGCUAGUUUGAUACUUGAUACAAAGCCUUCCAAAGUGGUGUCCAAUGAAUUGACUGUGCAAGUCAAGUGUUUAUUGAUUUACAUGGAUUAUGAGGGCCGUUCUGAUGGACGAUCGCUUAAAUCAAUUCUUGCCCAUGUCGCUCCUCUCAAGCUUGUUUUGGUGCACGGAUCAGCUGAGGCCACAGAACAUCUGAAGCAGCAUUGCUCAAAACAUGUUUGCUCUCAUGUCUAUGCUCCUCAAAUUGAAGAAACCAUAGAUGUUACCUCUGAUUUGUGUGCUUAUAAAGUUCAACUAUCUGAGAAACUGAUGAGUAAUGUGCUAUUUAAAAAGUUGGGAGAUCAUGAAAUAGCUUGGGUUGAUGCCGAGGUAGGGAAAACAGAAAGCGGAACACUAUCUUUGCUACCCAUGUCAACAUCAGCUCCGUUGCAUAAAUCCGUCCUAGUUGGUGAUCUAAAAAUGGCAGAUUAUAAACAGUUUCUUGCUAGCAAGGGUGUCCAGGUAGAAUUUGCUGGCGGAGCCUUGCGAUGUGGAGAAUACGUCACUCUUCGUAAAGUUGGGAAUAUUAGCCAGAAGGGUGGUGGCUCCGGUACUCAGCAAAUUAUAAUCGAAGGACCGUUAUGUGAAGAUUAUUAUAAGAUCCGCGAGUAUCUAUACUCGCAAUUUUAUUUGCUAUAAUAGAGAAUUUUUUAAGAUGUUCUUACGUUUCCAGAAUGUAUCAUGCUAGCAAAUGUAUAACAGAUUCAGUGUACACUUUUAUUGUCGCUUUUUCUUUUUUGACAAUCAAAUAUUCUUCCAAUAA